AUUGUUUCGUAUUUAGUAUUAUUAUUUAUUGAAGCUUGAGAGUCCUAAGCUAAUUCAUAUAAUGUAAUUUGCUGCCAGCACUCAACUGGUUAUCUGUGGUUGCGCAGUACCCUUUUUUUGUAAUCUAGCGCAUGCGUUCAGUGGAAGUGUCCCUGGUCACUGUGCCCUGGUCUUCCAUUCAUAGUAAGUGAUUGCAAGGAGAAACUUCUAUUCCUCUUUUCGUUUAAAACCGCUACACAAUAUUCUCUUCUCAUUAUUAACAGUAUUGUGGAAAACCUCAUUUAACUCUUAUUUUCCUUAUGAUAUAUUAUUAUUACCGGCCGUGACAAACCGUAACUCAUACCUCAACUCCUUACCUCAAUUAUUGUUCCACCUCAUUUCUGACCUUUUACCUCAAAUAGUGAAAUACCUAAAGACAUUCAUCUUCGAUGACGUGUGGCCACACCUACGAGUCAAUGCUUCAAUUACAUAUGGUGAAAAGGAACAAUAUCAAGCUACAAGAUAGACAAGUAGUGUUUAGCGUAUGAAGCUUUUUGUUCUGUUGUUUUAUCGAAUUUAAAGAUUAAUUAAAGUAUUAUUGUGACAACAAAAUUGAGUUGAAUGUAACACCAACUGAAGAUGGACAGCGAAGUCGAAAAAGAAGUCGUAAUCCUUCCAACUGGAAGAAAAAUAAGGAAAAGACUGCAAGAAACGUAUGAAAAAGCAAAGGCGAAAACACGAAAAGCCUGCGACACAUCAAAUCUCGACACCUCUGAUGAGGAAGAGUCGAGGAGAUCUCGCUGCGCUAGACGGAAGAGGAAUCUUAGUCAGGAGCUGCAGUUCCUGGAGGAGCAGCCAUCCCGCAACCAGAACAAAAGUCCACCAUACCCCGAUUUCGAGGAAGAGCCGAUAGCCACUUACCAGAUGCUCCAGACACGCCAUAAGUCACACUCAAACACCUCCAAUUUCCGACCACCCACCCCAAAGUUCAUAUCAAUCAUCAUCAUCCAUCCUGAUAAAUCCAUCGACUUCCAAUUUCACACCAGUAGGGUAUUAUGCGACCCCUUCCCCCCAACAGCAUACGUUUCAACAAACAAUCAAUCAAUCAAUCAACAAUGUAUAAAGUAUAUGAGGACAGUGGGCGGCGCUGAUAUUGGCCAAUGUGUCAAUAACAUAUUGCAUCGAUUGAUGAUUGAUGAGCUGGCCAUGCAAUUUUCAUACACUGGCCGUGCAUCAAAUGGCAACACAAAAACUCCAUUCCAUGGGAGUGAGAUAUCUAAAUGCAUACUGAUUGCUAUUCAAAAAUUGUUUGGAGAAAUUGCAACGGAAGUAAAAUAUGGAUUGUUGGCGUCUAAAUGGCUUCAACAAGCCAGAACGAGGGUGUUGGGAAAGACCAAGAGCAGAGAGACUACGCCUCAUGAAGCUCAAAUCGAGGACAAUAACAUUUGAAAGUGAAAAUAAAGUAGUAGUAUAAGUAGUAGUUUUUGUAAUAUUUAAUUAAAAUCUUUGCAUUCUAUUGAAAA